GAGAGUGAGAGAGAGAAAAACACUGUGCCACCAAAACCUUGGGCGGGAUUCCAUCAUGGUUGCGCAAAGGAGAAGUUAGACUCGAACACUGACUGCGCCCUUGCUGCUUCAGUUUUCUCAUUUGCGUUUUUUUUUUCGAAGCUGAUUUUUGUGUUACCGUUUCCGGAUCCCUCUUUUCCCCCUUGUUGUUCUUGGUUUUUUCUCAAUACACUCUUUAAACGCGUGGGAUUUAUCGGGAGACAGCGAAAGCAAACAGCGUGAGUGGGGGAGCAAACGUGAUGCGCAUUGGUCCUUGAAUGCACCUCGGACGCUGAGGCUCCUCGAAAGGACUCUGGGGAGCUUUUUUUCGUGUCGCUAAUCCUCCAGAGGUUGGAUUUGAAUGCUUCCCCCCCUCCCGUUUUUGGACAGACUUAACUGUGACACUCUCCAACACGUCUUUUGGGAUCUUUUCAUCAGCUUCCAUCCCUCCACAACCACGCGUCAAUUUGGAAUACAUUAACUCCCGUUUACCCGACGCGAUUCGUCCCCCCCGUUUCAAAAAAAGUGGAGGCAGCCCGGGAGGGAAUCAGGUGCAACUCUUCAUUAGUGUCACUUUUGACGCAGGCUGCUUUCAAGUAAAGCCUCGUGCCGAGGCACCCGGAGCGGAGCGAUAAUCGGGUGGCUCUUCCCUGUUCCAAACAGCCACCGACCGCGACAAGUGCCUUCUAGUGGCGAGUGGACAUCACAUCCAGCUGAUCGGGAUACUGAUGUGAUUCUCGCAAUGGAGACCAGCGCUUGACUUGUGGAACAGGAACGCGAUUGAGAAUGGAGCGGCUGAUUCUGUGUGUGCUGCUGUGUGGUGCCCUGGUGAAGGGCAACAGUUGUCCUGGCCGCUGCAUCUGCCAGCACCUGUCGCCCACCCUGACGCUCCUCUGCGCCAAGACGGGCCUCCUUUUCGUGCCGCCCACCAUCGACCGCAAGACAGUCGAGCUGCGGCUCACCGACAACUUCAUCACCGUCAUCCGCAGAAAGGACUUCUUCAACAUGACCAGCCUGGUGCACCUCACCUUGUCCCGCAACACCAUUAGCCAGAUUACUCCCCAGGCCUUCUUCGGCCUCCGCUCGCUGCGCGCGCUGCACAUGGACGGAAACCGUCUGAGUGCAAUCAGAAGCGACCAUUUCAAAGGCCUGAACAACCUGCGACACCUCAUCCUCGGGAACAACCAGAUCCACCAAGUAGCGGCCACGUCCUUUGAUGAGUUUGUUUCCACCAUCGAGGACCUGGAUCUGUCCAACAACAACCUGCGCACCCUGCCUUGGGAAGCCAUAGCCCGGAUGACUAACAUCAACACGCUCACCCUGGACCACAACCUGAUCGACCACAUCGAAGCGGGCACUUUUACCCUGCUCACCAAGCUGGUUCGUCUGGAUAUGACAUCCAACCGGCUGCAGAAGCUGCCGCCCGACAGCCUGUUCCAGCACGCCCAGGUGCUGUCAGACGCAAAGGGUUCCAGCUCAUCCACUCUGGCCGUCAGCUUCGGGGGCAACCCGCUUCACUGCAACUGCGAGCUGCUGUGGCUCCGCCGGCUGACCCGCGAGGAUGAUUUGGAAACUUGCGCCUCGCCGGAACACCUCAUGGACAAGUAUUUCUGGUCCAUACAAGAGGAAGAGUUCAUCUGCGAACCACCACUGAUUACCAAACACCUUGCCACCAAGCCCCACGUGAUGGAAGGGCAAGGGCUCACCUUGAAGUGCAAGGCGGUUGGCGAUCCCGACCCAGAGAUCCACUGGCGUUCGCCCGAUGGCAAGCUGGUGCACAACAACUCCCGCACCAUCCUGUACGAAAACGGCACCCUUGAUAUUCUCAUCACCACCCUGAAGGACAGCGGGGCGUUCAACUGCGUGGCCUCCAACGCGGCGGGCAUCGCCACUGCCGCCGUGGAGGUCAACAUGAUCCCCCUCCCGCUGUUCGUGAACAACACAGGUCACAUGCGCGAAGACCCAGGCCUGUCUGACAUCACCACCUCGUCCAAGUCGGGCAAUGACACAAAGCACAAGCAGGGCAGGAGGGUGCUGGUCACCGAGGUGACUUCGUCGUCGGCCGUAAUCCGAUGGCCAUCCGAGCGUCACAUCCCCGGCACCAGAAUGUACCAGGUCCAGUACAACACCACCGUUGACGACACACUGGUGUACAGGAUGAUCCCGCCCACCAACAAAGACUUCCUGAUCAACGACCUGGCAGCCGGGCGCGAGUACGACUUGUGUGUGCUGGCCGUGUACGACGACGGCGUCACGUCGCUGACGGCCACGCGUGUGGUGGGCUGCAUCCAAUUCCACACGGCCAGCGAGGUCAGCCAGUGCCGCUUCAUGCACAGCCAAUUCCUGGGAGGCACCAUGAUCAUAAUCAUCGGCGGCAUCAUCGUGGCGUCCGUCCUGGUGUUCAUUGUCAUCCUCAUGAUCCGCUACAAGGCCUACGUCGGGCCAGAGGAUGCCAAGGACAAGACGGACCCCGGCGUUCGCUCGCAGGCCAACGGCAGCCACCAGCGGCUACAGCACUCGGCCUCUGGUCAGGCUUCGGACGAGGGCCAGCGCGACGGGCCCAAGGAGUGCAUGGCGCUGGUUCUGAAGGUGGAAAAUGAGACAAAAGCGGACACCAGAGCCUUAGUGGCCGUGGGGGCGCCCCCUGCUGUUCUGGAUGUGGAACUGCCUCCGCCGACCAAGCGAAGGACCAGCCUGCCGCCGGAGGACACACAGAUGGACACCCAAACAGACAGUACCCUGACGGGCUCCGCUAUGUCGCUGUGCCUCAUGGGCGCUAAUGCCGGCUCUGCAGAGGUGCCGCGCUUCGUGGACAAGAAGGGCGUCCUGGCCAACGCGGGGUUCCUGGUGCCCAAUGAGCUGGCGCGAACUCGGCACAGGUUCUCCUUCGACGGAGGAGACUACUCCAUAUUUCAGAGCCACAGUUACCCGCGGCGGGCCAAGACGAGGUGGCACCGCUCCACCAACCAGCUGGAUGCCGAGUCGUCGCCCCUGGCCAACCGCCGGGUGACAUUCAGCAGCACUGAGUGGAUGCUGGAAAGCACCGUGUGAGCGGACACGCCGCUGAACAGACAGACAAAAAAAAAAAAAAAAAACGACAUCAACCCUUCGCCCCCAACUUGCCACCGCACACGCCAGAGAGGUUUGUCAGUGAUCUGUGCAUGAUUUGUUCUUUCUGUUUUCAGUUGGCAAUUGAAAAUCCCCCAAAAAAGAACGGGACUCGCGACUGUCCUUUGUUUUUUUUUUUUGGUUUUUUUAAUCAAGCACACAGGUGGCAAAACCACCCGUCAGGGUACGUUUUAGAUUCUUGCCGACAUUUCGGCCAAAGAGCCUGAAUUUUUGUGAGUCGAGUGGAUCAGGGAUAAGAAGCUCGAGCCACACGCCUCAUCCAUCAACAAACAGUGCAGCUCAGCUUUCUUUUUUUUUUUUUUUUUAACUUGUGCAGUACUACUUGCAGUUGUUCCCUGACUAGAUGGAGCCAAAUCAAGAAUAAGUGCCAUGACAUAGCAUAACAAUUGCCAGUAUUUAAAUUCUAACUGUUGCACUCGUCCGCACUGAGUUUGUCUUUUCUAAAAAGAAAAUGUUUGAGCUGUUGAACUUCCCUUUUUUCAUGUCAUUGAAGCUGUCCCUUUUUUCACAAAAGAUAAGCAAGGGUAUCGCUUGCAUUCGUUUCCUUACUGUACCGGAUGUAGGGCUGCAACAAAUAAUUAUUUCAUUGACUGACUUUUUAAUUCACUGUAAUAACUGUGGCCAACCAUCAUGAGAAUGUGGCUCAUUUGGAGUUAAAAACAAAAACAAACAAAAAAAAAUCAAUAGUCAUGAUUUACUUUUUGAAUUUCAAUUGCCAAUUGAAAACGGAAAGAAGGAAGGAUACGCAGAUCGUCAGACCAAGUUGUUUCUUUAAUGCAGCAGUGCCUUAAUUCUCACAAACGGAACAAAAAAAAAGAUGAAAAAGUAUGAAUGGAGGAUGCUGCUCGGCGUCGUUGGAAAAAAAAAAACACCUCUCCGUUAUUUCUUUGACGAAUUGUUCAUUUAUGGCUGUCCGUGUGAGGUUUGUAUGUGUUUCUUCUUUCAUUGUUCAAAAAAAGAGGGGGGGAAAGAAGCGCAACUUUCAAAUGAACAGCAAAAAAAAAAAAAAAAAGACUUGUGCACAGAAGACACGAAGAUACGAGGACAUGUAUCAACACCGCAGUAAUAAUUUAAACGGAUCAGCAACAGAAAAGCCGUAUUUUACACCUUUCUUAAGAGUGAGGGGAUUCCUCCUUGCUUCUUAUGGGACUGGAUGGCGUGAAACAGCUCCAGAUGUGACUGUAUAUUAUGAACACUAUCUGGCUGGUCUAGAUCGAAAAAGAUGACAGAUGACUACAAAACCGCAAAAGAAGACCUAUAUAAGUAUAUUCAAACAUUUGAUGUAUGUGUACUAACUAUGUAAAAUAAGGAAGUCAUAAUGUCACAUGACUUUUUACAAAAGCAUUUGGGUGUUGGCUGCAAGUUUUUACAUUAAAAACCUGUGUCAUCACAUCUCUAUAUGUCAAA